AAACUGCGCCUAUUUCGUUAUCCUUAGCCCAUUUCUGCUCUGGUUGUCUCUCUCUUAAACAGUUUUAUCGCAGUGAGAUUUACCAUUUAUUGUUAUCGUUUAUCGAUCUUUCUGUUUAAAAAAACUCGGAAGCAGAAGAAAGAAAGAAAAAAGAGCUGGAGAGACUAGCAAUUUUAAAAGGCUGCUCUUUCGUUUUUGGGUUUUAUAAUCUUCGAUCAUGAGUCUGAGUGAAGAUCAAUUCUUUUAUGUUCGUUUUCAGUAUGUGAAGCUGGUUGGUCUCUAAAAGGAUCUGUUUCGUGUUAUUGGCUAUUGCUUUUGAAUUUUGAAAGAGCAUAGUUUCAUGGCUGGGGGUAAUGAAGUUAACAUCAAUGAAAGCAAGAUGGUGGUUCCACUGAACACGUGGGUCCUCAUAUCCAAUUUCAAGCUGGCUUACAAUCUUCUUCGUCGCCCUGAUGGCACUUUCAAUCGCCACUUGGCAGAGUUCCUUGACCGGAAAGUUCCAGCCAAUGCAAAACCAGUUGAUGGAAUUUUCUCUUUUGAUGUUGUCAUUGACCGUGGGACUAGCCUCCUUAGCAGGAUAUAUCGACUGACUGAUGGGGAGCCAUCACAACCAAAUAUGGCUGAACUUGAGAAGCCUGUAAGCUCUGAGGUUGUCCCUGUCAUUAUCUUCUUUCAUGGUGGAAGCUUUGCACACUCCUCUGCAAACAGUGCUAUAUAUGACACGUUGUGCCGCCGACUAGUGGGUAUUUGCAAGGCAGUGGUAGUCUCUGUGAAUUAUAGGCGUGCACCUGAAAAUCGAUACCCUUGUGCUUAUGAUGAUGGAUGGACAGCUCUUAAGUGGGUUAACUCAAGAACAUGGCUUGAGAGUAAGAAAGAUUCCAAAGUUCAUAUAUACUUGGCAGGGGAUAGCUCUGGUGGUAACAUUGCACAUCAUGUUGCAUUAAGAGCAGUGGAAUCAGGUAUUGACAUAUUGGGGAAUAUUCUACUAAACCCAAUGUUUGCUGGGCAAGAGAGAACAGAAUCAGAGAAGCGACUAGAUGGAAAAUAUUUUGUCACUCUCCAAGACCGGGACUGGUAUUGGCGAGCUUUCCUGCCUGAGGGGGCAGAUAGGGAUCAUCCAGCAUGUAAUCCAUUUGGUCCCAAAGGUAAAAACCUUAAAGGAGUGAAAUUCCCUAAGAGUCUUGUUGUGGUGGCUGGUUUGGACCUUAUUCAGGAUUGGCAAUUGGCUUAUGUUGAGGGGCUUAAGAAGGCUGGCCAAGUGGUGAAACUUCUAUAUCUUGAGCAAGCAACAAUUGGCUUCUACUUGUUGCCCAAUAACAAUCACUUUCAUACUGUCAUGGAUGAGAUAAGUAAAUUUGUGAGUUCUAACUGUUAAUAUACGUAACUUUACUGGCUGGCAGCUAUCCAUGACAGAAGCUUGACAUUCUGCUUGGGGGUAAUUAAGGGUUUGCUGCUUAUAUGAUUGUGUAGUAUUACUACUUACUGUUUCAUUGAUCUUGUGUCGUUGGGUUCUGCUACUCUGGGGUCUGGUUCAUCAUGACUAGGCUUUUUUAUUGGGUGCAGAAGGUGAUUUAGCAUCUAGCUGGUUUGGGAUGUAUCUGUUAUACAUCCAGUUGUCUGGACCUGGGUGAUGUAGUUUGAUGAAGCUUUGAAGGCAGCAGGAAGCUGUUUGACUAAGUUUAGCAGACCCACCAAAUUUAAGGUUACCCGUUCUGACUUCCAGUUACAACAGAUAGGAAGACAGGAGUGCAGGGUAGCAUUUUGGUGGCCGAUUUAUUGGGUCGUGCCUUGCUAAUUUUAUAUAGCUAAUUUUAGAACACGGAUGGGAAAACAAUCCAUGAUAUUAUCAAUUAUGAUCUUUUAUGUUUCAUACAUAUGCUUUUAGUAUGUAUAAAGGUGUUUGCUUAUAUUAA